CAGAUGCAUCAUGGGACUUGUAGUUGUUCGUGUUCUUUCGCUCCUCCGUUUCCGUACUACUUCCUGAAACUGAAGAAGAAGAAAAAAAACCCGACCAGCUUGACUGGGAAAUCCACGCCCGAUAUAUUCGGAUCGGGUUCGACGAUGGCGGUCCUGGCCGUCCUGCUGCUUUUAUCCGUACUCAACCCGGUUCUGAGUGUUUUCCAAAAGCUCUACUGCUCCUUAGCGGACAGCUGUGACUGCGAUUUUAAACCCUGCAUAAGAGACUUGGAAUGGGAUCUCUACAAAAAUCUCUACGGUCAACAUCUGGCCCAGGACAUUGUGUCAGAGGCGGUCACCAGCUUCCUUAAGAAGGAGAACCCGGAUCGGCCCCUGGUGCUUUCCUUCCAUGGCUCGUCGGGGACAGGGAAGACCUUGGUCAGCUCCAUGCUGGGAAGUCAUCUGUACAGCGAGGGUAUGGGAAGCCAAUAUGUCCACCUGUUCCUGCCCUCUAUCCAUUUCCCCCUUCCUGAUCAUGUAAAAGAGUACCAGUGGGCGCUGAAGAGCUGGGUGGAGGGUAAACUGAAAGAGUGCGCCCACUCCAUCUUCAUCUUUGACGAGAUGGAGAGGAUGCCACUCGGGGUCAUCGACAUCCUGAAGCCCUUCCUGGGCCCCUCCCAUGUUGUGUUCCGCACCAACUACCGCAAGGCCAUCUACGUUUUCAUAAGUACCACUGGAGAGGCGGUAAUAAACCAGUUGGCCCUGAAGCAGCAGCAGGCGGGUUUGGGGAGAGAGGAGAUCAGGCUGGAGGACCUGAAGGAAGCCCUCGUCCAGUCAGUUUAUAACAGCAGCACGAGUGGCUUCUAUCACUCCGACAUCCUCCAGGAAGAGCUCAUCACACGUUAUGUCCCCUUCCUGCCUCUGACCCGACGCCAUGUGGAGCGUUGCGCCCGCUGGCAGCUCUGUCAGCUGGGCAUGUGCCACCGAACGGAUGUAGUCGAGGCGGUAGGGGGCGACAUGGUCUACACUCCCGACGAAGGCCAGUACUUCUCCACCAUAGGCUGCAAGGCCGUCUCCACCAAAAUCACCCUCUUCCUGUAAGGAGGGAGGACGGAGAGCAGACACUCCUCCCGCCACCGUGGGCCAGCUAAACUUGGGCUGGUGUCAUGGGGCAUCCCUGUGGUACGCCACAGGAUAAAUCUACCCCCACACCGCUUUAUAGGGAGGUUAAAGAAUGUAGGGGGGCUCCAGUCCAACACACCCAAACCUCUGGAGCUUGCUGGUCAGAUCACCUCUAAACUGUGAUGGGGUUUCUAACCGCUAACCGAACCAGGGCUUUUUCUCCUGUUGGGAAAUAGAAGAAACGGAUUUUUCUGCCGAUGUCAAACUUGGUUCAGUAUAAACGGGAAAGAGUCGUACCUUGUUUUUGUUUUUUUAUUGUUCUCAUUCAGGAGUGCUGCUGUACUAAAAUCCACCUCCACCUUCAGUAGCUGAACCUGUCGGGUGUCACGAUGGGGUUUUUCGUGCGUUGGAGCACCGAGUCACCCCGUUUACUUUUCAGACUUUCGUGUAUUCUGGGAAUACGGACGGCACAUGGACGCUGCAGAAAUAUUCUUUGUAGAACCGGGAGCUGACCAGUUCAACCACAGUCCUCUCCUGUGGCCCACUGAACAAGUGCAUUGGCGCAGU